AUGGUGGAGGGACAUGUGGCCGUGAUAUGUGUCGCAGUGUCUGCGCUGGCCCUCACCGCCGCCGCGCUGGGGAUCGUCGGCGAGGCAACAACCAAGUCCGAGGCAACGCGCGCGCGCAGGCUUCCCUUAAAUUUGGCCGUUGCAGAUGGGUUCGACGGGGCGAACUGCGUGUACCGGAGGACGCCGGCGUUCGGGUGCGGCGGCAGCCUCGCUGCUGACGGGCCAGGUCGUCCUCACCGCCGCCGCCGGGUGCUGGGGCCACUGAAGGGCGAGGUUCGACCACCGACGCGCUGGGGUCGCCUUAUCUCUGCUCUCAUGGCGUCGUCGCUGCACUCUGAUCGAGCGGCCGUGCGCAGGUUUCUGGCAAUACUGGCGGCGAGCGCGUUCCUCGUCGGCUCUCUCAAGAACCAAAGCGGAGAGCGGCGGCCCAAGGAGGGCGUCACGACGUUGUACAAGUGCACCGUUCUCGUGGCCGGCGUGUUCGCCGGCGGCUCACUCUUCUCCGUCGCCGCGGCGGUAGUCGGGAUCGCCUCCUAUGUCGCUCAUGAGGCGGCGGCAGGCUUCGGUCCGCCGCAACCACCACCACUGUCCGAGACCGAGGGCCCUCGUCAAGGUAGUCAUUUUGUGAUGCGUGUGGAUCGACCAAGGCUCACGCUUUUUUUUUUUGGCGAGAAAUGCUAA